ACCUCGAACGGAAUCCAUUCAAGUGGUUUGCAAUACUUACUCACGUCCAAAAGGGUGCAACAACCAACGGACAUCCCUUCUCAGCUGGCACCCAGUCAAACCCACCCUCAACGUCCCAGCAAGUGCCACGUAAUACAACAACCCCUCGCUCCAAAAUGACGUCCAUAGAAGAUAUCGACCUCCCCCGCUCCAUCAUCAGCAGAGUCAUCAAGGGUGCUCUCCCAGACGGCGCCCAAGUGCAAAAGGACGCAAAAGCCGCAAUGACAAAAGCCUGCACGGUUUUUAUAAGCUACCUAACAGCAACAGCCCUGGACGUGACGAAAUCCAACGACCGCAAAUCCAUCACUUCCAAUGACGUCUUUAGGGCACUGACUAUCCUCGAGUUUGAUCAGUUUGCGCCGAUGAUCAAGGUUGCUGUUCAGGAAUUCCAACAAAAAGCAAAAGAAAAACGCCAGGAAUACAAACGCAACUUCAAAGCGCGCACCACCACCUCCGCCGGUAACCGCUCGCAGGAUCCCGACGACAAUCCCUCCGACUCCGACGGAGAUGACGACGGUGAUGCGGAGGAGCCCAUGACGAACCAGCAGAUGUUGGAGAACGGUGCAACGAGCAAGAGGGAGUACGGGCAGAUAGGGGAUGGGGGUUCGCUUGAGGAGCCUGAGGCGGGGAAUAAGCGGAGGAAGUGAUUUGUGGAUCAGUUUGCCGUGGAUGGCAUGGGAAUCGUAUAUAAUUUUUUGGGAAGGGGAUAUGUAUGUGAUGUACAGUGCAGUGCGGAGGAUGGGUAUUACAAUACACGCUUU